CAGCUUCAUUCGUUUCAAGAGUGUCAGCGAGGCCCGAUUAUUAUCAGUUUUGUUGUGAUACUGUUUUGCGAACUACUGAAGAAAAUGUUUAUUUCCAUCUGUCUGUUCUCAUGGAGUCUGGUUGGUGUGUUUGGUGUUGAUGAAGUGAAGUCAGUGUCAGUGACGGAGAGAGAUUCUGUCACUCUAAAUACCGGUCUUACUGAAAUGCAGAGAGAUGAUCUGAUAAUGUGGACAUGUGGACUCGUUCUCAUAGCUAAAAUCAACAGAAAGGACAAUAAGAGAGAGUUUUAUGAUGAGAGAUUCAGAGACAGACUGAAGCUGGAUCAGACUGGAUCUCUGAGCAUCACAAACACCAGAACCACAGACUCUGGACUUUAUAAAGUCACCAGCAGCAGAAGAGAGUCGCCGCUCAACACAUUCAAUCUUACCGUCUAUGCUCAUCUGCCUGUUCCUGUCAUCAGCAGUACCUCUUCACAAAAUCCACCACCAUCAUCAUCAUCAUCAGGAUUAUCAACGUCCAGAUGUUCACUGAUGUGUUCAGUGUUGAAUGUGAGUGAUGCGACUCUCUCCUGGUACAAAGGAAACAGUUUAUCGUCCAGCAUCAGUGUGUCUGAUCUCAGCAGAAGUCUUUCUUUAUCUCUGGAGUGUCUGGAUGAUUCCUACAGCUGUGUGCUGAACAAUCCCAUCAGCAACCAGACGAGACAUCUCAACAACACUGAGCUCUGUCAGCCAUGUUCAGAUGUGUCUCUGAUAGCACUGAUUUCUGCUGCUGCUGCUGGAUCUCUGUUGAUCAUAGCUGCAGUUGGGAUCGUCUGCAUCUGCAGGAAACACAGAAAAACAGACCAAGAAAGAGAAACAGUUGAGACUGAUGCAGAGAUCGCUUACGCUGAUCCAACACUCUACAAAAGAAAAGCACAGAAAUCGAGGCGUCAAGAGCAGGACAAUGUAGUGUACGCUGGAUUCUCAAAACACUGACCAACUCUUGAUCAAACUGUGAUUCUGUUUUGGGGUUAGUAACUUUUUACACCCCAACUACGGGGCAGGAGGUGAAAUCACAUGCUUCUAUUCAAACAUAUGCACAUUAAAAAAUUUAUAAAAGUGAUGCAUUUCUCACCAUCAUUUGAAGGGUUUUCCAAGUUUACACAUUUCAUUGAGGCAUAGUUAUAUAUAGAUUGCAUUCUUACCCAAAAAUUUGCUAAUUUUUGACUCUAGCAUGUCCCACUGUAUCACUUCAUGCAUUUUGUAGCAUUUUUGCAACAAUCACAUGGUCGCAAAAACAAAAGUGUGAACCUUAGUUCUUUCAGCUCAUAUUCCAUUCUGCUCUUAGUUUGAUCUUUG